UUUUCUGGGUUUGUUUUCCUCUGGGAAAAUGGAGGAGUCUGCAUGUUACCGUUGUAUUGAAUGCAGUACAAAAGCGAGUGAGCUGUACAAGGAUUAUCAACGUGGUGUGUUGCGGAUCUCUAUCUGCGUGAGUUAUGUGAAGAAGCAGGAAUUUCGAAUUGAUAGAUCCACCUUGCAUUGAUAUUAUGAAAUCUUGCCAGAAGCCAGUGGACAAAUAUAUAGAAUAUGAUCUUGUCAUCAUCUUAAUUAAUGCUAUCUUAUGCAAAGCACAAGCAUACAGACAUAUCUUGUUCAAUACAAAAAUAAAUAUUCAUGGGAAGCUUUGCAUAUUUUGUUUACUUUGCGAAGCUUAUCUCAGGUGGCUGCAGUUACAGGAUUCAAGUCAAAGUACUGAUCCUGAUGAUUUCAUUAGAUAUGCCAAGGAAUGGGAUUUCUAUCGAAUGUUUGGAAUAGCAUCUUUGGAACAAACUGCCUUUUUGACUGGCAUCUUCACUGCUCUGUGGUUAGUAAAAUCUGCUGUCCUGAAAACCAAGGCAGAUUUUGUAUUUCUUCUGAAAGCAUUGCUGUUAUCCAGCUAUGGAAAACUUCUACUGAUUCCAGCAGUUAUUUGGGAGCAUGACUACACUGAUUUGUGUCUCAAGCUCAUUAAAGUGUUUGUGUUGACCUCAAACUUUCAAGCAAUUAGAGUUACUUUGAAUACUAGCCGCAAACUGUGCCUGAUGGUCAUUUUGAAUGGAUUGCUUUUCGAAAAUGGCAUCAUUUACUUGUUCCAGAAAAUAGGAUGGGAUGUCUGAGGCAAUCUUGUUUCCUUAGGAUGAUAGUGAAAAUAUUUUAAGAUGUAGAAGAUACUGCGUUUCAAAUCAUUCACUUCAUCACCGGUCAGUAUUUGAUCAUUCUAAGCAAAGUUUAGAAAGAAAUGCUGAAUGUAAAUGAAACUUUCUAUGCCAAACCAACCAACUGACCCAUAGUAAUUUAAGAGUGAUGCACUGAUAUCUAAUUUUUAUAACAAUUCUGCUAUUUUUGAUGUGAUGGUGUUGUGUUGAAGUAAGAAUAUUGCUCUUUUAUAUAGUUUCAGAUUACAUAGCUGUUCUGGUUUUUUCUCCUCCUGCAUUGCUUUGUAUUUAAAAGAAAAAAAGGUGUGUGACAAAACAAGAAAAAAACCAGCUUGACUUAAAGGUGUGUUCUAACAGCUACGCAUAAAAUAACAAUAAAGUAGUUUCAGUUUGAUAUUUCUGGCAAUUAAUGCUACUGGAAACACUGGAAAUAUAUUUUUAUUUGUGGAGUACUCAUACUUUUAAGUUGAUAUUUAUACAUCCUCCAAGGAACAAAUAUAAUUUUGUAGACAUAUUUAUAAAUAAAGGGGUUUUUAUGACUAAAGGCAAUCUGUCUCUUUAAGAAACAAUAUUAGACCCACAUAUUUAGGAGUAAGCUUCAAGGCAGUGAAGUUACAGAAGUAUGCAAAUGAUUGAACAAAUACUAUUUGAUAUUAUUACUGCUUCAUUAAAAGUAAGCUUGGCAAUGUCAUCCUAUGAUGUUUACUCAGAAAAAGUUGUAGAGAACUAUAGUCACUUCCCAAUAAGUGUUAUUUUGUUCUGAGCUUCACAAGUUACCUGAACAUGAACUGAAUCUGCACUAAAAUGAUUUGAAAAAUAUUUUUAAAUUAUCUCUCUUGAAAUGGCUCCAGUGGAAAUAAAUUAUGUGACUAUCACUGAGGGGGGGGGGGAAAUCUAAAUUUAUAUGAAUGUUUAAUUCCAAUUCCAAACUGUGGAAUCAAUUUAGGCUAGUACAGGAUAAUAAGAGCCAAUAUUGUCUAAUUUAAAUCAUUUUAAAGCUAAGCAGGUUUUGGAUGUGCAAAACUAUUAGUAGAUCAUCUUUAACAGUUAAAGUUUAAUCAAUACUAUUCUUAUUAUGAAGAAAGUGACAAGACUUUAUUAGAAAGAAAUAAAGGAACAAAGUUUAUCCAUAUAUUACCAAACCCCUCAUUGU